AUGCCUCCCAGACGCGGUUCCGUCAGGCAGAGCGGGUCAACGCCUCGCGCUGAGGGCGCUCUUUCAUACUUUCAACACCAGUUGAUAUCGGACAGUCGAACACAAGCCUUGCCCAACCUUCCUACUAGACAAUCAUUUGCAUAUGGCUCGGCUGAAACGCCACUCCUGCCCCGGCAGCUGGUCCUCAACCCUCAUAUGGAUUUGGUUGAAAUGGCCGGCCAGAUCGAGAAGGGUAUUGAGGAUGCAAAAGACCGGGAGCAAAGGGAAAGUGCGACGACUGCGGAUCGCAGUCGCCGACGCAGGUCCUCGUCGGCAAAUUUGUCAUCGAUCCGAAGAACACGCCGCGAUCCAACUCCUGACCAAACGCAACUACUCGAAUCACUCCGUGAUGCGACAAGAUCCCCCAGUCCUAUUAAUGAUUACCACCCAAACGAUCAGUCUACUGCUACUCCUACCCCUCCGAUUCCGCAUACUAUAUCGACCACUUCAAGUCCCGCACUGGACCCUGUCCCAGAAUCUAGAUAUCCCCAUGUACCUGCUGAUAAGCUAUACCCCUCGCCUUUGUUGCGCUCGGGAGUUCCAGCGCAUGACGAGCCGCCAUUGAGCAGCUUGUCUGGACUUGACAAUGAGUCCGUAAUCUCAUACUCGAUCGAGCGAGACAUUCAUGACGACGACUUGCGGCGGACAUUGUCGGAUGGCAAAAAUAUAACUGCACCUCCUCGCCGGGUCUCUGGAAUGGCAUUUGUUAAAGAUGUAUCGACUAUUCACGAAGAGGAGGAACCAGACUCAAGACUUUCUCAGUACAAGUCAUCACCAGCACCAUCACAGGCUCCAACUCCCAAGAAGUCGCCGCUACCCCAGAAGGCUCCAACUCCCAAAAAGUCGCCGCUAUCCCAGAAGGCACCAACGCCCAAAAAGGCGUCGCUCCCACCAACGGCACCAACACCCGCAAAGUCGCCUUCUCUCUCGCCAGUGUUUGAAGAAGGUGCGAUGGAAACUACACCGGAGCCCGAUUGGGAACCGCAACCAGAGUUUCUUAGGGAGGACUCCCCUGUGACCCAACCGUCAGCCCCUACCAAGACUUUCAUUCCUCACUUUCACACAGACGAGGGAUCUGCUAGGGAACAACCAGCGCUCAACCGGCCGUCGCUUUUUAAUGAAUGGCCUGAUGUCGGGCCUUCUACGCGUGAGAAAUUAUCCACUGUCGGUCGAAUCAUUGCGCUGUUGGCACUGGCGAUAGUGGUCCUGACUAGUUCUAAAUACCUGGGCGGAAUGAUUCCAUUCGGUCAACCCCGGUAUUAUGGACCAGUGAACGGGACGGGCCUAGAUGCGAUCAGCAGUCUCAGCGCACAGAUGUCCAAACUAGGCUCACAGGUAUCAACCCUAUCGCGGGACAUUAAAACAGUCAAAGCCGAUCUUCGAGCACAGCCGACAAAAGGUGUAUCCACUGGGACACUUCUUGGCACGUACAUUCCGAAAACUAAUUUCUUAGCUGUACCACUUGGGAUUUUAAUUGACCCUCACAAAACGAAUCCAACUGUGACGCAGCAGAUCGGUUUCAGGAGGAAAGUGUACAGUUACUUUAUGGAAGAGAAUUUUCGCCGCCCGCAACCCCCGUUGUCCGUCGCGACAGCGUGGGAAGAUAUUGGAGACUGCUGGUGCAGCGUCCUGCGCGACGGGAUGACCCAAGUUGGUGUUCUUCUUGGCUAUCGAAUCGUCCCUGAAGAAAUUGUUGUCGAGCAUGUACCCAAAGCAGCGGCACUGAACCCUGGACUUGCUCCCAGAGACAUGGAGCUCUGGGUCCGAUUUCGCCGCGUUAAAAAUGACACCUUGCGUUUCGUCUUGCAUGAGCCCGUUAUGCAUGCACUUCAGCUGGCCUACCCCGGCGAAUCGGAAGAAGCCUACUGGGGUCAGUAUGAUGAGUGGCUCGGGCCAGCUUGGUAUCGUGUCGGAAGAUGGACUUACGAUAUCAACUCGGAUCAGCAUGCGCAACGUUUCAUCCUUGAUGCUGUGAUCGAUGACCCAGAGAUUCGCGUGGAUAAGGUCGUCAUACGCGCGAAGAACAACUGGGGGGCCGAUAACACAUGUAUCUAUCGGGUGAAGUUGUUCGGCAAAAAGUAG